UUGUAAACAGUCAAAUAUUGCACUUAGCUGAGUUUCUGCUUGGUGCAAUAGUUUGAAAUACAUGUUUGUAUCAUUUCGGUUUGCAGAUUUCAUUCUAAUUGUUACUGAAAACUGCUUCUGAAAGGAAAUGGCUUGGAUUGGAUUUGUUUUAUUAUUAUUACUAUUAUUAUUCAUUUUUACAGUUUUAUUCUUUUUCAAAACGGGUAAUUCCCAGAGUAACAGCUCCCAAAAGCUUCCACCAGGACCCAGGACCAUACCCAUUUUGGGAAAUCUGCACAUAAUGGAUUUCAAGAGGCCUUUUAAGACAAUGAUAAAGAAUCGAAUCCUUGUCACCAGUAUCCCUUCUGGUAUUAGCCAACUGAAACUCACUCCUUUUUUGUCCAAAGAAUAUGGUCCCGUUUUCCGUCUUCAAAUGGGGUGCCAGGAAAUGGUGGUGCUGACUGGCUAUGAGACGGUCAAGGAGGCUUUGGUGAACCAGGCAGAGGCAUUUGCAGAGAGAGCUUUUGUCCCCAUUUUUGAGGACUAUGCAAAGGGGUUUGGUAUUAUUCUUGCUCAUGGUGAGAACUGGAGACAGAUGCGAAAGUUUUCAAUAUCUGCAUUACGGGAUUAUGGAAUGGGCAAGAGGGUUGUUGAAGACAAAAUCAGUGAAGAAUGCAGUAUCUUGAUAAAAACAUAUGAGACUUAUGAAGGAAAGCCAUUUGACCCAGCAACAAUUCUGAAAGCUGCAGUUGCCAAUAUCAUAGUUUCUUUUUUACUUGGCAAAAGAUUUGAAUAUGAAGAUGCUACACUUCUAAGACUCCUGGAGUUAAUUGAAGAAAAUGUACACCUUGCAGGAACCCCUGCUGUGUUGGUAUAUAAUGUGUUUCCCAAGUUAGGAUUCCUUUUGGAUGCUCGUACAAAAAUUAUGAAUAACCGAAAAGAGUUCCAUGAAUUCAUACAGGCCACUUUCCUUGAAAAUCUCAAAGAGUUUGAUGAAAAUAAUCAGAGGACUUUUAUUGAUGCAUUUCUUGUUCGGCAGAAAAAGGAGAAUCAGAAGUCAACAAAUAGCUAUUUCCAUAAUGAUAACCUUAUAGGUCUUGUGGAUAACCUAUUUAUUGCUGGUAUGGAUACAACUUCGAACACUUUGUACUGGACCUUACUCCUAAUGAUGAAGUAUCCAGAAGUUCAGAGGAAGGUCCGAGAAGAAAUUGCAAAAGAGGUUGGGGUUCGUCAGCCAAGGACAGAAGACCGAUUCAAAAUGCCUUACACCAAUGCAGUAAUUCAUGAAAUUCAAAGGUUUGCUGAUAUUGUUCCAACCAAUUUGCCCCAUGCAACCACCAAGGAUAUAACUUUCAAAGGCUUCUUCAUUCCCAAGGGUAUGCAAAUUAUUCCUUUGCUAUCAUCAGUGCUUCAUGAUGAAUCUCAGUGGGAGAAACCUCAUGAAUUCUACCCUGAGCAUUUUCUUGACUCUGAAGGAAAAUUUGUGAAGAGGGAUGCAUUCAUGCCUUUCUCUGCAGGUCAGAGAGUGUGUGCCGGUGAGACCCUUGCCAGAAUGGAACUCUUCCUUUUCUUUACCAACCUCCUCCAGAGAUUUACCUUCCAGCCACCUUCAGGAACAUCUAAAGAUGAUCUGGACUUGACUCCUGCUCUUGGAAUUAUCACUCCUCCCAUGCCUUACAAGACCUGCGCUGUGUUAUCUUGAGGGGAAAAAACUCAUAAUAAACCAUUUCUCACCUUUUAAAUAGCUUCAUUUUGACAGCAAGGUAAAAUCUGACAACCUGAUUCCAUAGUACAUUAUAGUCAUUAUAUUUAUUUUAUUUGAACUCCACCUUUAUUAUUUUUACAAAUAACUCAAGGAAGUGAACAUAUCCAAUUCACUAUCCUACCUUAUUUUCCCAAAGCUCUUUGGGCUAAGAGGAGAGACUGGGACAGAGUCACCCAGCUAGAACGCACAGUUUCCUGGUUACUAACCCAAAGUCACCCCACUGGAUUUUCAACAGGAAACAUGGAUUUCUUCAGAUGUAGAACUAGAUGUUACUGGGCUAACUCUACCUCCACUGUCCCGAACAAAGCAAGUGGGAGAUCUAAAGGUGGUAUUAUGACUCUAGUUAGCACAGCUUUGCAAUUCAAAUGUGCCUCAUUGCCUUCUUUACAGCCAAGGUUGCUGCUAUCUUGCUGUCCUCCAAACAGGAGGAGAUUUUGCUUUUUAACAUUUAUAUUCAUCCUCUUUAUAAGAAAAAUCUGGUCAACAAUAUUUGGGAGCACAUAAAAUUUUUUAUCCUUAGUUGUUUAGAAAACAUCCCACAGCUGCAAUAAUAAUAGGUAGGGAUUUAAAUGCUAAAUGGGACUAAAUGAUCCUACAUUAUUUCACCUAUUUAAGAUCCAUUAUGAGGAGAAUGUAUUAGAGGAAUCCUUGUAUUUUAGAGAAUGUAAAGACCUAAAAGCUAACUGAACAUGUCUAUAUGGAAGACAGGUGACUGCACAUCUGAACCCAUGUAUCCUUAACAGUUUCAUAAGUGCGGAUCAUCCAACAGAAAACAUCUAUCUAGGGGAGGGGACAGGGAAGAAAAUCUAUAGUUGAUUAUUGGAUAGUAUCAUGUGAACUUUUGAAUUUUUUAUGAAAGAGAGAAGUAGAUUCACAACUGGAAAGUGGCCACUAUUCAAUAAUUCUAACUCUGACACUCCACUGGAAAUUUUUAAGAGCUACCCAUCAAGGCUUAAUAGUUAUGAUACCCAGAUAAAAAUGUAAAUUAAAUGGAUGGAGAAAAAUGCAACCGAAACCACUAAAUGGAUGCUAACCUCAGAAAUUCUAGAAUUGUGUGCACAUUUCCUAGAAAGCAAACCUCAAAGAUAAUAUUUAGAUAGGUUUGAAACUUCAAUUGCCAACCUGAAAUCAGUUCUCAUUAAUAGAACUCUGCCUCAUCCAGAAAUCAGGCUAUAAAGAAUAAAAAAAUGUUUGAUUGAUAUUGUAUACAAUUAAAAAGGGCAUAUAAUUAGGAGUAAAGAAAAAGUAAAAACUCUCCUUCUCAGGAUAACCCUAGCCCUAAGAUGUUUGAAGGUCCAAUAUAAGGCCCUUUUAAAAGAAAAGAAAAGUGCAGCAUUGAAGGAUUCCUGUCACAAAUUAAUUCAAUCAGUUAGGAUGAAUGACACUCCUUUUUUCACGAGAGGACUGGGAAAAUUGCUCCCUCCCCCAACUAACCAACUCAUGCCUGGGAGGAAUACUUUAGAGCAGGGAUCUACAACCUUCAACGCUCAAAGAGCCAUUUGGACCCAUUUCCCCCAGAAAAGAAAAUACGGGAGGUAAUAAUUUAACAACUGUUGUGACUGGGUAGGUAUGGCCAACUCGACAUCACACACUCCCACCCAGUCACAUGACCCCCCCCGCCAUACCUACCCAGACAAUCAUUAGAGCAGAGAACUGGUUGUUAAAUUAUUUUCCCUUCCCCUCCCAGCCAUCUCUUGCCACACCCGGCCUCAUGUGUGUUGUCUCUCUCUCUUUCUUUCUUUCUCUGUCUCUGUCUCUUUCUCUGUCUCUCUGUGUCACUGUCUCUCUCUCUCUUUCUCUUUCUCUUUCUUUUUCUCUGUCUUUCUCUCUGUCUCUCUUUUUCUCUUUCUUUCUUUUUUCUUUUUUCUUUUUCUUUCUCUCUCUCUCUGUCUUUCUUUGUGUGUCUCUCUCUUUCUCUGUGCGUAUGUGUCUCUUUCUUUCUCUCUUUCUCCCUCCCUCCCUCCCUCUCCCCCACUCCCCACCCCCACUUCCCAACCCACACACUCAGAGAAUAACUGUAAGGAAAUUCAACCAUGUUCUCUUUGUCUCUGGAAAGAUACAAAAAAAUUUAUGUAUUUAUUUGUCACAACAGUAUAUAUAAGCGUAAGCAAGAAAUAACUAUACGAUAUAUAAGCAUAUCUAUAAGCAUAAGCAUGAAAUAACUAUAUGAAUUGGAUACAAUCAAAGGGAACAUUAGAACAGGAAUGGUAGGCACGCUGGUGCUCUUAUGCACACCCCUUACAGAACUCUUAGGAAUGGGGUGAGGUCAAUAGUAGAUAGUCUUUGGUUAAAGCUUUGUGGAUUUUGGGAAGAGACUACAGAAUCUGGUAGUGCAUUCCAGGCAUUAACAAUUCUGUUACUGAAGUCAUAUUUCCUGCAAUCAAGAUUGGAGCGGUUCACAUUAAGCUUAAAUCUAUUGUGUGCUCGUGUAUUGUUGCAAUUGAAGCUGAAGUAGUCUUCAACAGGAAGGACAUUGUAACAGAUUAUUCUAUGAGUUAAACUCAGGUCAUGUCGAAGGCGACGGAGUCCUAAAUUUUCUAAACCCAAGAUUUCAAGUCUGGUGGCAUAAGGUAUUUUGUUGUAUUCAGAGGAGUGGAGAACUCUUCUUGUAAAAUAUUUCUGGACACGUUCAAUUGUAUUAAUAUCAGAGAUGUGGUAUGGGUUCCAGACAGGUGACCUGUAUUCGAGAAUAAGUCUAGCAAAUGUUUUAUAUGCUCUGGUUAGUAGUGUAAUCUUUCUAGAGAAGAAGUAAAAACAAUAAUAAAAAAAAUAAACCUUGUAUUGCAAAAGGAGUGACUGUCAGGCUGUUACAUCACAGCGCCAUGAGGUUGCCGCCUUAGAUCGCCGCACGCACUUCAGAGAAGCAUCAUCCCAAAAAGCAGCAAACACACACAGGCACGCAUAUGCAUCCUGCAACUCAGUCCAAAGUGGCUGGAAAUUAUAGUCCCUGGGCACCCUCAAAGAUGCUUGGCAGACAAAGUAUGGGACAACACACAUCCACCCCCAUCAUCAAGGCAGUGUCCGCUGAAUCCUUGCAAAACUGGGCAAAGGCAGAGAGAGGGAGCAGAUGGACCUGAAUCAAACUGAAUCUGUUUCUCUCUCUGUCUCUCUUUCUCUCACUGUCUGACUGCAGCAGGAAAAAGCGGGCGGCUACUUCCGGCCUUGGUUGGUGCUGGAUGCAUGACCUGCUCUUUGCUCUGAGACACUGGCCCACCCUGCCCUGUGCCAUGGCCAAUGUUGCUGCACAAAGCAUUGUGAGGCAGACCAUGGAGGCAGCAACAGCAGCACUGUUGGGAACUGCAACAGAGGGCUGAAAGAGCCACAUGCGGUUCCAGAGCCACAAGUUGCCGACAGCCACUUUAGAGGGUUGUAGACAGAGGCUGCCUGUGAAAUGAAUGAGUUCAUUUUCUACAGUUAUACCACAAGAGAUAUCCUGGCUGAUCAGAUCCCUUAAGGUUAAUAAGACUACCAGUGCCAAUUGUGUUUUGUCAGAAAUAAUUAAAAAGAACCCUAGCUGGUAAGCACAGUAUCUCUCUUUACCUUUAUAGAUCAGACUGGUUAUAUGACAAGAGAUUGGGGAAUGGCAAUUAUUGUACCAAUUUACAAAAAGAGCAAUAAAAAUGACUCAUGUAACCACAGGGCCAUCAGUCUAUUGAAUGUUGUUAGCAAGUUGUAUGCUAAGCAUCUAAACCCCAAACUUCUAGACUGGAUAAUUAAACGGCAUAAUUAAAAAUGAACAGGCUAUAUUCAGAGAAGGGAGAUCAACAAUUGACCACAUAUUGGUACUUCAUCAUCUUGUACAAAAAUAUACAUAUGAGAAGAAACCCUCUCUUUUUGUGGCCUUCCUCAAUUUUAAACAGGCCUUUGAUUCAUUAUCCAGAAGUGAGCUCUGGAAUAAAUUAAAAAGUACCACUAUUAAUAGAUGCUUUCUCUAUCACAUACAAAAAUUAUAUUUCAACUGCACCUUAAAACUGGGGUAUAACUUUAUCUGACUCAGUAAAUGUACAAAAAGGAGUAUGCCAUGGAUAUACCUUGGCCCCUUCCCUUUUAAAUCUUUAUAUUAAUUUUUUGACCUUUUGCACAUCCUUCCUUACAUCCUUCCAACUUAACACAGUGUGAAAUCCCAAUACCUCUUUACACCAACAAUUCUAUUAUUUCUCAAACCCCAACUGGACUAAAGAGAACUGUGGCAGCAAUAUUAAAGUACUAUAGACAAAAUCCUCAAUUUUGAUAAAUUGAAAAUCCUAGUUUUUGCCAAAAAAAGCUAUUCACUACUCCUGGAGAUUAGAAGGGCAUAACCUAGAACAGGUCAGUCUAUUUAUGGUGGUUUUCCAUACGAAAUGUAGUUGGAAGGCACAUCUAGACCACACUAUGCGAACAGUCCUUAGCUCCUCAAAUGCCAGCAAUAUUUUUUGUAUAUAGUCAGAGGACAAUUAGUCCCCACAGCCUUAAAACAUUUUGAGGCUAAAACAUUGAUGCAAUUCUUUACAGGACAGAAACAAUAACUUUUUUGAAGAAAGAAUAUCUGGGAUCUGUGCAAACAAAAUUCCUGCGAUCAAUUUAAGUGCACCUAGUGGGGCAUCAAAUUCUCAGUUGAGAAUUGAGACAGGAAUGCCUCAAAUUCAGUUAGGAUCAGGAAGAUGAUAAUGAUUUAUAUCUACGGGACCGUCUACUGCCGGCCUCUAUCUCCCAUCGUCCGGUGCGCUCCCACAGAGAGGGACUCCUCAGGGUGCCGUCAGCCAAACAGUGUUGACUGGCGGCCCCCAGGGGGAGGGCCUUCUCUGUGGGGGCUCCGACCCUGUGGAACGAACUUCCCCUCGGACUUCGACAAUUACCUGACCUUAGGACCUUUCGCCGCGAACUUAAAACUUAUUUAUUUUGUAUGGCUGGACUAGCUUGAUUUUUACCUUUGAAUUUUAAUUGAAUUUGAUGGGUUUUUAAAGUUUUGUAAUUUUAUGGGGGAGUGUGUUAUUUUAACAUUUGGGCAAAUUUAAAUUAGUUUUUUAAGGGAUGUUUUUAACCAUUGUGUGUAUCUGUAUUUUAUCUGCCUGUUCACCGCCCUGAGUCCUUCGGGAGAAGGGCGGUAUACAAAUUAAAAUAUUCAUUCAUUCAUUCAUUCAUUCAUUCAUUCAUUCAUUCAUUCAUUCAUAUUCAUUUAUUGGUUGAAAAUUCCAUUUUUCCCAGAGGGCUUGAUACCUUUAGUCCUGAUAGGUAACUUCUCUCUCUGGAAACAAAUGAUAGAGCACAAGCUGGCCUUCUAUGGGCUUUCCCCACUGUUCUUAAUCUUACUACCAGUGCUGAUGUUACCUAGUUUGAGUAAUGAAACAUCUGCAAGAAAACAAUUAAGUUCAGAUAGUACCAAGGAACCCUCGUUGUUCUUAAUCUCCCUAAAUUAUGAUCAAGCCAAGCAAGUAGUUAGUAAUAGACUAAGAGUUAUGGAAUUCCAACUAGAACAGGGUCGGCAACCUUAAACACUCAAAGAGCUAUUUGGACCCAUUUUCCAAAGAAAAGAAAACACUGGGAGCCACAAAACCGUUCUCGUGACUGACUAUUUCCUGAGUGGUUACAAAACUAGUAUAUGUAGUUGAACUAAACAUUCUGUUUUCUUCUGAAACUUUUCUUUUCUUGGAUUUAUCCAUGGUUGGCCUACUGGGAGUCAAUAAACACAAUAAAUCAUGUGCCAGCAGGUGUCACACAUUGGUGGUUGUGACGUAUAAUUUGAGCAACAGGGAGCCGCAGCAGAGGGGUGAAAGAGCCACAUGCAGCUCCAGAGUUGCGGGUUGCUGACCCCUGAACUAGAAGUUAAAAGGAUAACUCUCCACAUCAGCAAUUGGAUUAAAUGGGGUCUGUGGGAACCAGCAAGGAAUCAGAAGGAUCUGACCUUUCCUAAGAGUAGAAAAUCAUUUUAGACCCAGAUUUAAUAUUCCCUUCAGCACUCAUGCAGGGCAGGUAUUAUAAAAUCCCACUAGCUGAAUGAACGUGUACAUGUGAUAAUGGGGAAGUUGAAGACACCUCACAUGUCUUAUUGCACUGCAAGUUCUACAGGGAUAUCAGAUCAAUGUACAUUCUCCUUCUAUUAGAGAAAUCUGUAGAGAGAUUAGAUAAUUUCUGUGUGAACCAUUUUCUCCAGGACUUAAAUCCAGUUAAAUUUUUGUGCUGCUUCAAUGAUAAUAAAGGAAAACCAGUUAAAGAACUAAAAACCUUUAUUUUUAUCAAUAUUUUGCCUAGUUAUUUUCUAAUAAUUUUAGAGGACAUAUAUUUUAAUGUAUAAUUUUAUUAUAUUAAAUUUGUGUUAGCUAAAUAAACAUGGUUUCACUGCAAUAGAGUAUAUUUGUUUUAUUUUAUAGCUGCCAAUAUAUAAAUGCACCGACUUUUCUCUGUUGAUCCUGAUUGUAAUUGCUGUCUUUUAUCUUUCUUUUUAUUACUUUAUGUUAACUGAAUAAAUUAAAAAAAACAUUAUGUUUUAACAGAACAUGAAAGAAAGGAGUUAUUUGUCAUAAGUCAAGAAUCACCUGUAUACAAAUCAAUGAUGCAGUCAUAUCUGCAAUAUUAUGAAGUGUUGAUCAAUGCAUUUCAAAAAGUAUGCAGUGGAGCUGAAGCUGCAGGAUGUCAACUAAGAUAAUCAAGGGGUUGGUGCAGCUUCCCUAUGAGGAAAUUCUUCAUAUUUGAGGGAAAUGAGAGGAAAAUGACUGAGAUACACAAAAUUAUUCCUGGUGUGGAUAAAAUAGGCAAGGAGAAGCUAUUGUCCCUUUCCCAAAAUUCUAAAAUCAGAGGUGAACCCUUGAAAUUGAUCCUAAAAAAAUCAAGACAAAGAAAGGAAAUAUUUUAAGCUAUUUUUAUUUUAUUCAAAAAAAAGUUCAAAUACAAAAUUUCCCCCAGUUUUUUUUUAAAAAAGCAAAGAAAAAACACAGACGAAACAAUACAUUUAAAGGUGCAUUUAAAAAAUUGAACACGUAUACACAUAUUAUCCCUCUAGUUCAGGGAUGGUAAACCUUCUAGACACCGAGUGCCCAAACUUGUGCGCGCGCAUGCUCAAACUGAAAGGUAGACUCACGCACGUGAACAUGCGCAUGUGUGGACUUAUGUGCGCGCAUGCAUGGACAUGAAUACAGACAUGCACUGACAUUUUCAUUUGUUUUUAUCUGUAAGAUGCCCAGAAAAUAUUUUGGAUAGUCAAACUAUUACCUUUAAUCAAUCAAUCAGAUUAGAUCAGCUUUAAUAUAGAAAAUAAUGCCUAGGUUCUAGAAAUCCAAGGUUCUAGAAAACCCACCCUCUUAAUUGAUCCCUUUUAGAAUAUUUUCUGGAGCUUACUGAAGAAACAGGUAACAUGGACGCAAAGAAUUAUAGUGUUUCUAUUUACAUGUUUGGAGAAUUUUCUAAAGGGGCUAUUUAUAAUGCUCCACAAUACACCUCCAUUGUUUACUGGCCAUUCCUAUGCAAAUGCCCAAUAAGCCAUCAAUUCUUAUACUGGGAUUUUGCUUGAGUAGCAAAACAUCAUAGAAAAUUCCAUUAUAUCAGAGUGAUACAAGUCAAGAGGAAUCAUAUCUCAGAAAACUGCCUGGCAGAAGUAACAGAUCAUCAGAAGAUGGGGGGAAAGUCCCCACUUCCUUCUCAGUUGAUUGGACAGAGAUGGGAAAAUAUCAGCUGAAUAAUUACUCAAGAAGGUAUAUCACUGUUGCUCUUGCAAUCCAGUACAUUAAUAGACUAAAUGAUUCCAUUUGCUGGAUUCCUUAUCUGAAAUGUUGUUAAUAAGUAAGAGGAUUUCAUAAUCCAAUAUUAUUCAUUAAAAGAUGUUUCAAAUGUUGGAUUGCUG